AAGAAUUUUUGCUUUCAAUGUCUUUAAAGUUCCAUAUCAGCAAUAGUAACUGCUGCGGAAACUUCUAUUCAGAUAAAAUACGUUCCUGGCCAACUCCAAAAGGAGUCACUUGGAGCCCACUAUCUUCGCGUUUUCGAGUAAGAGGGUGGAGAAAGUUCGCUUCAUCUGUUGGUGUCGUACGCCUAUUGUCUCUUCUUCACGAUACUUCUCAAACAGAAGGUCGAGAUCAGAGUUCUUAUAAUAGUAUCGAGACACCUCCCAUUCAAGAAGUCCUUCAGCGACCCGUUCGAGUACGAUUUGCUCCUUCUCCUACUGGUCAGUUACACGUAGGAGGAGCAAGAACAGCACUGUUUAACUGGCUACACGCAAGGAAGCAUAGUGGCAUAUUUAUGCUGAGAAUAGAAGACACGGACCUGAGUCGCUCAACCAGGGAGAACGAAGAAUCGUUACUGCGCGACCUUAGAUGGUUGGGACUGGACUGGGAUUAUGGUCCAGAAGGAGUCACGAACAAUAGUAAUCUGGAAGAAUUGAAAAAACUUGGGCCUCUGAGGCAGUCAGAAAGAGGAUUCAUUUAUAAAAAGUACGUUGAAAAGCUGCACUCGGAAGGCUUUGUAUAUCCUUGCUUUUGUUCAGAAGAAGAAUUGGAAAGACAAAGGAUAGAGAUGGAAGCAAGUGGUCAAACACCUAAGUACGCUGGAACAUGUCGUCAUUUAACUCCAACAGAGAUUGAAAAGCAAAUAGCAGCUGGAGUUCCUUAUGUUUUUCGUUUCAAGGUACCCAAAGAUACCAAAAUAGUACUUCAUGAUAUUGUUCGUGGUGAUGUUGUUUGGGAUGCGGAAGCUACUUUCGGUGAUUUCAUCGUCAUGAGAAGUAAUGGUGUACCAGUUUAUAACUUUUGUGUAGCUAUAGACGACGCCCUGAUGGAAAUUUCUACGGUGAUCAGAGCAGAAGAACAUUUGACAAAUACCGUUCGUCAGAUUCUCGUCUUGCACGCAUUAGGUUUCCCGUUGCCAAGUUAUGCUCAUUGUUCACUUAUACUUGGGGAGGAUAGAACGAAGUUAAGUAAGAGACAUGGGGCAACUUCCGUGAAUCAGUUUCGAUCAGAGGGAUACCUUCCAGAAGCUUUGAUAAACUAUUUGGCUUUACUUGGUUGGCACGAUGGAACGGAACAAGAGUUUUAUUCUCGAGAAGAAUUGACAAAAUCUUUUAGUUUGUCAAGAUUGUCAAAGGCUCCUGCCGUUUUUGAUAUCGAAAAGCUGCGCUGGAUGAAUGCGAGAUAUUUGCGUUCGUUACCUAUUGAGAAAUUGAGAACUGUAAUAAGUGAACGUCUAAAAUUAGCACACCUGUUGUAUUCUCAUGUGGAUAGUUCUGAUUCUUUGACUGAAAUGAUUGCUGAAGUGACUCGAGAUAGCGUUGAGUUAACUUCAGAUUAUGAGUAUCAGGUGACUAGAAUAUUUUCCUAUCCACUUGAAGAAACUGUGCAGUCUGGUGAAGCUGCAGAAUUAUUGACAAAGGAAGGCGGUUUCUAUGAGUUGUCUGAAGUUAUUGUUCGCUCCUUUAAAGAUGGCACUUUUCCAUGUGGUGAGAAUGAGAAUCAUCGUGUCUUGUGGAAGGAGUGGAUCAAGUGCGUUAGUAAAGAAACAAAACGUAAAGGAAAGCAUUUGUUUCAUCCAGUUCGUUUAGCUUUAACAGGAAAGAUGAGUGGACCUGAUGUUGGAGAUGUAAUACGAAUUUUGUCACUAGCCAAAGGCAAAAGUGAUAAGUUUGUGCCCUUAGAACAAAGGAUAAGGAUCCUAGAGAGUUUUCUUGCAAGAAUGCAACAGUUGUAGUUUUCUGAUCAUCAAAAAGGAAAUUUUCGAGAACUGGUAAUCUUUCUCUGAAGAGCUUCAUUAUCGAAUAGGUUGUGCAAAUGAGAGCGAUUAUUCAACUCGGCAAAUAAACUGUGAGGACUUUUGUCAAGCUUAUUCCUACUAAAGAACACAACUUUAAGUUGGACUCCUUCCAAUUCAAAUAUAUCAAAUGUAAGGAGUAUUCUAUAACCAGAUUCACUCAAAAAAUUUAUUGGAUAACAUAUCAAGUUAGACUAUUGAGGUAGCUAGUUAAUAUCAACGUAUACUAAUCAACAGUCUCCAGAAAGUCGAGUUACUAUAAGCGCCAUUAUUUAUUCUGAUGGAUACACAUUUUAUAUCAACUCUUUCAAAACAAGUUUCUUUGAAAAAUCCAACUUCACUGUUCGAGUUGCAUCGACACUACUGACGUUUUAGUACUGCAUUGAAGAUGCUGUCAGACGUUUACAGUUUUGCGAGAGAAAUAUUAUGAAAACUUAUUGGCUUUGUGAAAGCUACUACAGAAAGGACAAGGCCACCACUGCAAAAUAUAUUUGUCAGACAAAAAUCGAUCUCCAACAACCUGCCCCACUGGUAUGACAACUAUACAGCGAUUUCCACUUCGUUUUGAGUCUCAGGAAUAUAAGAUGAAGUUAAACU